AUGGCCGUCACAUGGCGUGGUGGCGGCGAUCUUCACAUGGACGCACCUGCUGCAGCACUUCCCUGUCUUGAGAUCAAAUCCCUAGAAACAACAGUCGUCGAGCUUCCUGCGAAAUGCACUUCCCAGUCGCCCUCGCUCUCGCCCUCUCGGCUCUUGCCCAAGAUGGAUAUCCCUAAAGUGAAGAGAAUCGACCCGCCAUCCACCAUCACCACCACCACGACGGCCGACUCACCACCCACCUCUAGUGGACCACGGAGGGGCUCACGCCCAACGUCUGCAAAUGAAUCGGCACAUCACUCUCGAUCCAACUCACGCAGUACUGCCCGAUCACGUCCUCCCAGUCGACAUGGUUCGUUGCAUUCUUCGCGGAGGGCAGUUACAAGUGCGAACAUCGUUCCUGUCCCGUCCACUCGCCCUUCACCUCAUGAGAGACGAGAGUCGUUGUUAGCGCUACAUCGAGAUUCAUGUCGUCUGUUUCAAGAAAUCAACACAUGUACAACACCUGCAGAAGAUGUGCGCUCGGUUCCAGCUCUCUCAAGGUCCCCGUCGUCGACCUAUACUUCUCGGCGCGAAGGCCGCACGUCGUCUGAGACAGGCGGCUCAGCACCUCCAUCACCGGUUGCAUCGUCACAAUCCAGUCGGCGCUUCGACUUUGAGCAUCGCAACUCAAUCAGCUCGAUAAUGACGCCGCUCCCGCCCCAGGCUCGAGACCGGUCGAAUACCCUCCCAAACAAGACACCCGAAUAUGACUGUGUUCAAAUUCCAUCCGCCUCCUCUGUUCACGUCCCGGAGACGGUGACAGAGUGGACAUCUCCUUCCUCCCGACGGGCGGAAUAUGAGAAAAUCGACCGCGCAGGCCGUGGUGUUCGCGGCUUGUGGCGUCGCGUCGCACCUCGCUGGUGUCAAGCUCAAGAUGCAAGAACGCCAUUCUUCAAGGAAGGAAACACAAGCCGGGAGGGUAGCGUACGUCGAUUCCGAAUGGACUUACCGGAUGAAGAGUUGGACAAUACCCUUAUUAAUCCGCACGAGAAACCUGAGGUGCAAAUAUUGGAUUUCCUCGGCAAGGGAAUAGAGAAUGGCUCUCGGCGCUGGACAUAUCGCCGGACCAAGACUUCCCCUGCAUAA